UAUCUUGCUCAAUCUCUUGCUCUCGCUCUCGCUCUUUCCAAUUUUGUUCGUUCGCUCGCGUUUUAUGAUUUAGUGCCAAAGUGACCAUCACCAGAAAUCUCAGAAGUGCCCCACAAUCAGCCAGCGACUGACUGGUUGGUCGAUGGAAUGUGGUAUUGUGGUGUGAUAAUAACAAAAUACGUGAAACUUUCCAGCGUCUAGGUCAGCGCUGGCUCAUUUGCAUACAUACGGUUCCGAUCGAUUGAACAAUGGCUUUGUUGACGCGCUUCCGGUCCUCGAUUCCUUGGUCCGAGCUGAGGCAACAGUUCCGGCGCCUCCCGGGAAGAUGCUACAACAGUACCGUCGCGACGGCGGAAGCAGCCGCCAAACUUCAGGAACUGGCCAUGAUGGAGGAGAACUGCAUACUGGUCAACGAGCGGGACGAGCCACUGGGGAAUGCCUCCAAACGGGACUGCCACCGGGUAGAUUCCAACGGGGACAUCCGGCUGCAUCGGGCCUUUAGCGUCUUCCUGUUCAACUCUAAGGGCGAAAUGUUGCUUCAGCGGCGGUCCACCCAUAAGAUUACUUUUCCCGAUUGCUAUACAAAUGCAUGCUGCAGUCAUCCGUUGCACGAUAUCGAAGGCGAACGAGAGGAGCUGAAUGCGCUCGGAAUCCGCCGGGCCGCUCAGCGGCGCCUAAACUACGAACUUGGAAUUCCGCUCAACCAAGUUCGUCCAGAGAACUUCCACUUUCUGACGCGGAUUCACUACCUGGAUCGGGGUGAUGGCAUCUGGGGCGAGCACGAAGUCGAUUACAUCCUGUUUCUGCAGAAAGACGUCGAUCUGAAGCCAAACGAAAGCGAAGUGCGGGAGGUACGCUACAUCAGCCGAGAUCAACUGGACCAGCAGAUAGGAGACCUGCGGGCACCUUUAACACCCUGGUUUCGAUUGAUACUGGCCCACCGGUUGAAACUCUGGUGGGACAACUUGCAUAGAUUGAAAAAGUUCGAAAAUCUUAGCACAAUAGAACGUUUCUAAUCAGUCAAAUCAAAGAAUGUAUAGGUAAAAUAGUCGGUAUCAAAGUGCGAAUACAAUAACAUUACCAGGGCAUCACACUUAUUUAGGAUUUCAAAGGAAUGGUUAUGUAGUCUUAAUUUUACCACUCAACUAUCGAUUACGUUUUACUUGAAACUAACAUUUAUAGUGUCUUCAAAAUGAAAUAUAGCAAUACUGAGCUUUUAAAUUCGUUUUUAAUAAACUGGAGAACUUAUUCUGACAAA